AUGUGCAUUCCAUCCUCACGCUACUUCGCUUCUCGUCCGCCGAAGCUACGGCUAUCCUUGAACAAUACCCCGAGGGCGCCUACGAACAACAGCUGGGUCGACCAGCUCUUGUCUGACCUGCUGGUCGUGUGUCCGGUGCGCUUCUACGCGGAACUCCUGCGUGCCUCAGGCAACACCGUGCAUGGCUACGUGUUGCACUGCAAGAACGUAAGCGGACAGUGCAUCAAACCGCCGAGGGACUACGCUGCCCGGUUGCUUUUCGGGUCCCCUCUGAUGCUGGGCACGUCGUCUCUGGAGGAGCAGGCACUGAGCCGAGAGGUGAUCGCGCGCUGGGCGCAUUUCUUCAAGACUGGAUGGCUCAGACCGGCAAUCAGCUCCAUGAAGGAAGAAUAUAUUGAGAUCAACACGAUGUCGCUCACAAACCCUGCGUCGACAUGGGCACCGGACCUGCGUAAAGAAGCCUGCGAGAAACUCAGGCCGUACUUCUCUGCUUUUAUGGAGUGAUUGACGAGAGACACCCCUUACUAACUGCCAUUUGUGUGAUCUUAGUCGUAUUUCCUAGACAUUUACUAGUUCUUUGUUUUCUUACUCGUUGUUUUUAAUGUGUUAGCAUUAGUAAUAGCGUGUUAGUCAGUUCCACUUGCUCGCAACUUUUCUGUGAUAUACCAAUGUGAUUUGUACGUGAGAACUUGCUAUUUAGACGAAUUCUUGCAGAAAUUAUAGAACUGACAGACACGUCGGUGCUCAUAGAUACUUCUGAUUUAGGGGCUCUUACGAAUAGCAGCGCUGGCCAUGGGCAGAAGUUUGUACUCUUUUGCGUAUAGAUCAUCGAUGAACCAAGGAAUGUUUGCAGAUGUGUCGUUCACAAAAGAAACGUUUUUAUUGCCUAACAUACUUUAAUGAUAUUU